AAGGACUUGAAAGGUCCAAGUACCUGAGAAAGCUCAAGAAAUGAAGAACCUGGAUCAAGCAGCCGGUCAAUUCUUUCUCUUGGUAGCAGCUUAUUCCUGCUUCUGUUCCUCUUGACCGCCGAUUCUCCUCCUCCAGCCAAAACCUCCAAAAAUAAGCAAGACGCAGGGGGGAAAAGGAACCCAACCCACAUCAGAAUUCUCAGUUUCUCACACUACGAACAUCAGAAAAUUUCCCAUUUCUUACUUGGUUUAUGUUGGACUGGAGCUGGGAAAUGAGAGACUCCAUAGCCAUAGAGUUGCGGGAAAACGACUCGGAAGUCCUGUCCACCCCAUCGGGAAGAACCCCAAAGCUGAAACCUCUUGUGCAGCGCAGAAGAUGAAACGAGGUCGACUUGGAUGCUAAAGAAGCCGAAGCAAUUCUUCUCGCCACAAUCCUCAACAUAUCUCCCCUUCUCAACGUCUCCCUCGUUUUUCCUCCAAAAGUAGGGAUCUUGCAGUUUCUAUCCACUCUGUACUUCGUUCUUCUUCUUCCCUUCCCGACGGUAUUUAUUAUAUAUGUAUGUGCCUUUUCUCCGCUUCUUCUCUCUUUCUUCAAUCUUCAGUGAUCGGAUGCAGUAGGUGUCAUCCUCAUCUAAUCCAUUGCUGCGUUGGCCUGCUCUAUUGCCUAAUAAUCAUGUGUGUUUUUCUUAUAUUUUUUCGAUUCUCUCUCUACAGCAAUGAUGUACUAAUUAGCAGAAAGUAAAUCCAUUUUCAUUUUUUUUAAGUUUCGGAUAAGGGGGACGAGCCUAGAGUUAAGUGAAGAGUCCAAAAAUGGUCGCGCGCCUUUCCUGUUAAGCGGCACAGGGAAGCAAAUCAAUUCGAGAGGCAUCAAUGGAGUCGUUCUUCUGUACGCUAUGUCCUGCAAAGCUUCCUUCUCUCAAGUUCUAUUAUUCAAUGGCUGUCACUCCUCCUUCGUCUCUGACUUGCGCCUCCGUGAUGGAAUCUCCCUCACGGCGAAAAUCAGCCGCUCCGAGAAACCGCUCUUCGAAACCCAUCUCCCAGACGGCUUCCCCUCAAAUACCCACGACUCCAACCACCAGUAAUUCCGACUCCACCGCUCCCAUCUCCGCCGCGCCUCCCAAAAAGGUCCUUGUUCCCAUUGGAUUUGGCACUGAAGAAAUGGAAGCUGUGAUAUUAAUCGAUGUUCUGCGGCGAGCUGGUGCAAAGGUCACUGUUGCCUCAGUGGAACCGCAGCUAGAGAUUGAGGCUGCAGCUGGGAGUAAGCUAGUUGCUGACAUCUCCAUUUCUGAUUGUUCUGAUGAAACCUUUGAUCUCGUGGCUUUGCCGGUUAGUCGUUUCGUUUUACUUCCAAAUGAUGAACCUAGUUGUUUGCUUUCAAAUUUUGUUCAACUUGGAGGAAUGCCGGGCUCGGCUAGGUUGAGAGAUUGUGAAGUUCUGCGCCGAAUUACGAGCAAGCAGGCUGAUGAAGAGAGGUUAUAUGGUGCCAUAUGUGCAGCUCCAGCUGUCACCCUUCUUCCAUGGGGCCUCCUAAGAAAGAAGCAGAUCACAUGCCACCCAGCAUUCAUGGACAAGCUCCCCACCUUCUGGGCUGUUAAAUCAAAUCUUCAAGUUUCAGGAAAAGUUACUACGAGCCGCGGGCCUGGAACAUCUUUUCAGUUUGCUUUAUCCUUUGUGGAUCAGCUGUUUGGGGAGACAGUUGCCAAGGAAGUUGCAGAGAUGUUGUUGAUGGAUACAGGUGAUGAUAACUGCAGAAAGGAAGAGUUGAACCCCACAGAGUGGUCUUUUGAACAUAAUCCUCGUGUGCUAAUUCCAAUUGCUAAUGGCUCGGAAGAAAUUGAAGUAGUUACCAUUGUCGACAUUCUGAGGCGAGCCAAUGUGGAAGUUGUGGUUGCUUCAGUUGGAAAAUCUGUGCAAAUUUUGGGAUCACAAGGUACAAAAAUGGUUGCAGACAAGUUCAUUGACGAGGCUGCUGAAUUUGCCUAUGAUCUUAUAGUUCUCCCGGGUGGAAGUGCUGGAUCAGAUCGCCUUCAGAAAUCAAAAGUUCUAAAGAAGCUACUGCAGGAACAAGAUGCAGGUGGAAGAAUAUACGGAGCAGUUUGCUCCUCCCUAUUCGUUCUGCAGAAGCACUGUCUGCUAAAGGAUAAGAGAAUCGCUGCACAUCCUAGCAUUGGUAACAAGUUAACGAACGAAAUGGUGAAUAGCGCAAAGGUAGUCAUUGAUGGAAGGUUGAUUACCUGCAAGGGACUUGCUACUGUAAUGGAUUUCGCACUAGCUAUAGUGACGAAGUUGUUUGGUCAUGCUAGAGCAAGAAGUGUUGCUGAAGGCCUUGUGUUGGAGUAUAUUAGAACUUGAGAGAGAGAGAGAGAGAGAGAGAGAGAGAGAGAGAUUAUGCAAUUCAUGUUGAAGUUCAAACCAUAAUCUCAUAUACCAUAUGCGAACAAUCCUCCUAAUGAAAGGAAACACAAACAUGUCUACAAGUCCACAACAAUUAACAAAGAAUAUACAGACAACAGUGGACCGUAGCUUGCAUUGUUUUCUUAACUUAAUAAUAUGAAUUCCCUGUUCCUAAACUCCACUAGGACAGCAUUACUACCAAUUUUUGUAAUUUACAGGGCAAAACUCACAUCAUCUGCUCCCUACAAACGACGAUAGCUAAUCUACCCUAUAUAGGUUCAGUAAGUAUUCAUAUAAGCAUGCCCAGAGGUUGAAACGUCUCUCAAACGCGUACUUCUUCGGAAAUGUGUUGAUGUUGAUCCUACCAAGGCCCUGUCAGUGUUCUCCUCAAGCAUAACCUUUUUCCUCCCCAUGGAUGAUUCAUUUUCUCCAAGAA